UUUUGAAGUGUGUGGAAUGAAAAAAUUUUUUUACUUUCUAAAUGACAUUUAGAAACUUCAGUCAUAUUUUAUAGAAUUAAAGCUUAUUGUUAUUGUAUAGCAAAUCGAGUUUUUAAAUUGCAGCUUAUCUGAAAAAACAGUUCUAAGAUUUUAAGGAUGGCAACACCAUUAAGUGCACAACGUACCAUACUUACAGUAGUUAAAAGGCUUACAACCCAACAGGUUUAUUUUCACGUGUUCAAACCUAUUAAAGCCAAAAUGGCUCAAUUAAUAGACGGUAAAAAAAUUUCUCAAGAUUUAUGCAAAGAAAUGAAAUUGGAAAUUGAAAGUUGGAUUUCUGAAGGGAAUCGUAGACCUCAACUAACAGCAAUUUUAGUAGGGGAUGAUCCAGCAAGUUGCAUAUAUGUUCGGAACAAAAUGAAAACUGCAGCUGAAGUAGGAAUACAAAGCAUUACAAAAAAUUUGCCAAUUAAUGUAACACAGGAAGAACUUUUAAGUAUUAUAGACGAAUUGAAUGAUAACGAUUGCGUGGAUGGCAUUCUUGUACAACUACCCCUUCCUGAACAUAUAAAUGAAAGAACAAUUUGCAAUGCUGUAUCUUGCGAUAAAGAUGUUGAUGGUUUUAAUGAGAGAAAUGUUGGACGGCUUUGCUUAGAUAUGAACACUUUAAUUCCUUGCACCCCACUGGGCGUCCAGGAAUUAUUAAAAAGAACAAAUAUUGAAACAUUUGGAAAAAAGGCUGUAGUAGUGGGACGCUCGAAAAAUGUUGGUAUGCCUAUAGCAAUGCUUUUACAUGUAGAUGGUAGGAACGACACAUAUGGAAUGGACGCAACAGUCACAAUUUGUCAUAGGUUUACACCACCGGAUGAUUUAAAAAUGUACUGUAAGAUGGCAGAUAUAAUUAUUACAGCAACUGGAAAUCCUGGAUUAAUUAAAGCAGAUAUGAUAAAGCCAGGAGCUUGCAUUAUUGAUGUCGGUAUAACAAGAAUUACUGACGAAAAUGGUAAAGCAAAACUGGUAGGGGAUGUAGAAUUUGAUUCAGUUAAAGAAGUCGCUGGAUGGAUUACUCCAGUACCCGGUGGUGUUGGUCCAAUGACAGUGGCAAUGUUAAUGCAUAACACAAUAAUUGCAGCAAAAAAUUUGGUAAAAAAAAGGAAGCUAUAACUUGACACUCUUAAUAUUAACUAUAAAGUAUUAAAUACAAAUGUUUUUUAAAAUUUUGUUAAUGUUCUAAUAUUAUUUAAUAUAUUAAUAUUUAAUUAAAACACAUGUACAUAAUUUAGAUACAUGUACAUAUAAUUUUAUUGGCUACAACAUGAAAAUGUAUUAAAUUUCGUAAAAAAUACAAGUUUAAAACUAUUUUCGUUCUAUUUAUUCGCAAACAUAUUUGAAACAAAAAAAGCAACCAGCCCAUUAGUAACGUAUUAUAGUCUACUUGUGAACAUUAUGGUCAAAAAAUCAAAAGUACAAUUAACAUGUAAAUGGUAGAACACCUACACUAAGCGCGUCAAGUC